AUGGCGCUUAGUGCAAGUAUGUCGCAGGUCUUUAUUAUUAAUUGUCCGGGGCAAGUCAUUGAAUUGAAUUUGAAAGCAGCGGUAGGGUGGAGUGUGUUAAUGGAGUUAGAGGGAGGAGCGUUUAGAACGAUGCAGUACAAGACGUGGAUGAAAAAAGUCGAAGGAAAGAUGUUACGAGGAAUUGUAUUUACAGAGGAGGUGAUGAUCGGGUUUGAAAAGAGGAGCGGAACUCAAGCAAAUUUCCUCUGGAAAAUUUUGUAUGACAAAAUCGGGUCGAUGGGAAAUGAUGGGAAGAACAUCGUCGUCUCACUGAAGACUAAUAUCAAGACGGGAAUGUUCUUCCAUAGAAAUGAUCGAUUUGUGUUACAAAACUGGGGCGUCGAGUCACUGCCAGUUAUCAAUAAAAUCAUUCUCGCUAUAAUGAAUAAAUAA